AUGCCUAACCCGCGCACCGGCCUGCGGGUGUCCGCGCUGACCGCGGCCGCUGUCCUGCUCACGCUGCUUGUCGGGACCCCGCUGAUCGCUGCGGGGCACCGUUGUAUCUUCGACAAGAUGCAGCGCCUGCAGCUGGCGACCGGCACCAGUGCCGUCCCCGAGGUGGGGGACCGCGGUGCGCCGCCGCGGCAGGGUGCGGAGCAGCAUGGCUGGUUCACCCCCCCUGACCUAUGGGAGCCGAUCCGCAUCUCGGUGUUCACCGAGGACCUCGACGACAGCUCCCGCUACUGCACACAGCCUGAGGAGAUGAAGCCUAACUUCAAAGGCUCCAUGAUGCAAUGCAAUUCCGAUAACGUUCUCACCGAUGAAAAGAAGCAACUGCUGCGUAAGAAGAUAAUCCCCGACGCAGUGCAGAUGCACAAGGACCGCCUGCUGGUGCAACCGGUCAGAGACAACAUCUUUGUUGAACACUUUACACUUGGACUCUGUUCUCAGUUUACGAUUCCCCAGUCCCACCACACCACCGGUGUGCCGGAUACCGACUUCGUGCUGUACGUUGCAGGGGGACCAAAUGAACCUGGUACUAUCGCAUGGGCAGUUAUGUGCCAGUUUGACCGCAACGGCCGCCCCUUGGUGGGUGUUGCCAAUAUUGGGUUUGUAGACACUAUUGAUAUUCUUUAUUCCAUACAUACAUUGGCACACGAGAUACUGCACGCGUUGGGAUUCUUGUUUGAUGUUUUCGAGAAUAGAAACAUGGUCAAUACUGUGUCUGUUCGCAAUAAGCCAGCAAGCUUUGUUCUGUCCUCGCCCAAAGUGGUGGAAGUUGCGAGGGCUCAUUACGGGUGCCGUAUCAUGCAGUACGUGGAGUUGGAUGACACGGGUGGUAGAGGGUCUGCGUCUUCACACUGGAAGAUGCGCAACGCAAAGGAUGACUUGAUGUCUCCUAUGAAGGGUGGAUUUUUCUACACUGCCAUCACCAUCGCAGCGAUGGAGGACACGGGCUACUACAAAGGCAACUACCGCAAUGCUGAAAGCAUGGCAUGGGGUAAGAAUGCCGGUUGUGUGCUCUUUGAUAAGAAUUGCGUUAUUAACGGUGUGUCGCAGGUGCCGGAGAUGUUCUGUGACAGUAAAACUUCUUUAAUAAGUGAGCUUAAGUGUACAUCAGACCGGAUGGGCAUUGGAGACUGUGCGAUAUCAUAUCAUUCUACCUUGCCAAUAUUAUUCCACUACUUCCCCGAUACGACAAUGGGUGGCACUAAUCCCUUGAUGGAUUACUGUCCAUUCAUAGAAGCAUAUUCAAACACUAUGUGCCUAAAUGGGAAUGAACGAACGCUGCCCGGUUCUGUGUUUUCAGAAUACGCGCGAUGCUUUUCAGCACUCCCGAGCACUCCCCUCCAGAUAAACUAUGGGAAAAAUAUGCUCUCUAUUUGUGCGGAUGUUCAGUGUGACAAGGACACCUCGAGAUACCGGGUGCGGGUGAAGGGUGCGACUGAUUUUGUGGACUGCCCACCCGGAAGCACUCUUGUGCUCUCGGAGUACAGUACCGAGUUCAAGUCUGGUGCGAUCAAGUGUGUACCAUACGAGGAGGUGUGCCCCAAGUCCCUUUACCCCGACAAUGAGAGUGUCAUGACGACAAAAACAACUACGCCUCAUUCUGUACGAGUAAAGGCGCGUACUAGUUGGCUCACACGCUUGUGGCGGCCAUGA